GGCCUCGCCUACCUCCAAACCGCCGAAUACACAACCUCCUCCCUCGCCGACGCGCACCCGUCACGACCCAGAACGCUCUACCGCGGGCCCCAUAGUUUAUUCCGUGCAUUGGCGCCCAAGUACCGGUUGAACAAGGCGGAGUAUCUGCAGUUGUAUAAUUUGAGGCCGACGACGCAGGUUACGCUGGAACUGAUUGUUGAGGAGGCGGGAACACGGUUCACUGAAGACGAACUCCAUGAUAUUCUGGCUAUCAUCCAGCAGGUGUUUGAUGAGGAGGAGGGGGGUAUUCCGGAGGGCGUGGAGGAUAUGGAGAUGCCGAAGAUUGCGAAUAAGCUCCUGGGUGCUAAUAAGAAGAGGAGGAAGGUUAAGCGGAAGGUUUGA